ACUUCGCCUGAUUCGUCCGAGAAUCCUACGACCCGUUCGAGGACAGCUGCACUCCUUGAAACCGUGAACUGGAAUGCUUUAGUGAAACUGGCUCGCGAAACAAGAGAUGGUAUCGACUGCGAACUGUUGCCUGACAGCGGACUUGGAUACAACCACAUGGUCCGAGUACUCCAANNAUUUGAGGACGAGGUACGGCUCGUGGCUCGUCUUCGACUACCACGUCUAUCAGAUGCACAAGAGAACCUUGAUCUGGACGCUGUGGCGAAUGCAGUGAUGAGUGAAGUCCAGACGAUGAUCGCUGUCGCAAAGAACACGCAUAUUCCUGUACCCAAGGUCUACGCUUUCAACACUAGAGCCGACUGCGAAGUAGGUGCUCCAUUCAUAUUGAUGGAUUGUCUGGAAGGGAACGUGGGUACAGAUCUGAGUAUGGAUAUACCUCCGGAGCACAAGCAACAUUUCUUUGAAGAGGUGGCCAAGAUCCAGAUCGGUCUCUCUGAGAUACAGUUGCCGAAGAUUGGGAAGAUCAUAUGGGUUUCCGAGAACGGUUUCGAGCAAGGCCCAAUCCCUGGUAUAGGUGGCCCUUUCGAUACUGCUGCCGAAUUUUACAAAGCAUGGGCGGGGAAAGUUGUUUUCGACACCAAGAACGAUCGUCUACGGAGGACAUCAGGAGCUUAUGCCGAGGAAAUCCAGGCAUCCAUCACUACCUUUCAAGCUGCUGUCGGCAGGUUGGCGGACAAGAUUUCUCUGCGCAACAAAGGACCUUUUCCACUGUUCCAUGGUGACUUUGGUCAUCACAACAUUGUAGUCGACGACAACUACCAUGUCAAAGGGCUCAUUGACUUUGAGUUCUCAUUCGCAUGCCCUUGGGAGAUGAUAUCAAUUUUCCCUCUGCAUAUCAUCACAGUGCCUCCUGCCAUCGACGCACCUUGGAACUAUGAUUCGGAUGGCAACGCCGUGCCAGCAGACUUAUUUCAGAUGUUGGAAGAUCAGAAGGCUUACAUGGGAGCCGUCGAAUCCGAGGAGUCGGAUCAGGGCAAGCCGAGUCGCUACUCUUUGUCAGAAGCGAUGUAUGACGCACCAAGGCAACAACUUGCUACGGCACUCUGGUUCUUCGGAGAGAGCAAGCCAGGGUUCUAUGCCAAUCUGAUCGAGAAGUACUCUUCAGAAUGGCAGCUAAGCGAUCAAUGA